UUAGAUCCCAAGUUCAUAUUUAUCUAGAGUAACUUCACAUUUGAUUAACGUAAAAUGAAAUCCACGAGUGUUCCCUCCUCGGUUGGAAUAGUUCCUGAAGUACUGACCUUUGAUAACUAUGAAAGAUGGAGUGUUCUUAUGAAAAAUUAUCUGAUGGGGCAAGGUCUGUGGGAUGUUAUCAGUGGUGAUUCUGCUGAGGCUUUCUUGGAAGAGAAUUCUGAAGCAUUGAAGCACUUGAGCAACAAAAAAGGCAAAAAGUUUGAAGCCACCCCAGAUAUUGAGCAAGGACUCGUUGACGCUCACCAAAGUGUUUCUGAAGCUUGUCAAAGAGAGGUUUCAUUUAAGAUGAAGAAUGCAAAAGCUUUGCAUAUUAUUCAACUAUCAUGUGGACGACAGAUUCAGGAAGAGCUUUGUCAUUUUGAAUUAGCCAAAGAUGCAUGGAGUCACUUGUCAGUGGUUUAUGGCAAAACUUUAAAAAUCAAUCUAGAUAAACUGCAGCAAGAUGAUGAUGAUAUAGUUAGCGUGAAACAUAAAGAGCUAUUCAGGAUGGUGGAGAGAGGUGAUCUUAUUGAAGAUAUCAAAAUAGAUCAGAAUGUAUAUGAUGAUAUAACCUCUACUUCAGCUAGGACGCUACUUCACAUUGCAGUAAAUGCUGGAAAUCUGAAAAAUGUGGAAAUGUUGGUGAGAGAAGGGAGAGAUGAGUUUGUAACAAAGCAAGAUAGGUAUGGGGACACAGCUCUUGCUCUUGCAGCUUGUUAUAAUGCAAAAAUAGAUAUAGUUAAGUGUAUGGUAGAUAGCAAAAUGGGUCAGAUGUUGCUGAUGAAGCAUAAUACAAACGGAGAACUCCCCGUUCAUAUGGCUGCCGGUAAAGGACACAAAAAAAUGACUAGUUUUCUUUACUCAGAAACUCCUGGAGAAGUGUUCAAAAAAGACUCACGAUAUCGAGUUUUGCUUCUUGACCGAUGUAUCACGGCCGAAGUAUUUGAUGUGGCUUUGAAGUUACUCAAACUUUACCCAGAUGAUCUAUUUCAUGAAGCCUCGUAUGGUGAAAUCAACGACGAAGAACAAAAGGAGGAAUCCAACAAGUUCUCCACCUUAGUUUCAUUGGCUAAAUUUAAAUUGCACCCUAAUUUUCCAAACAGACGAUUCCUUCAACCUGCAAAAUACUUCAUUUAUAAUCAUUUAAGCCUAAAACAAUUUGAAGACAACUAUGGGAUUCCCGAAUCCGAAAUUUUAGAGUAUAUACGGUUGAUUUAUGUCGAUAGAAGUGUACAUGCGACAUCAUCUUCUGUAAAAUGUUGGUCAGCACCUGGCUUUCUCAUGGUUUCGAAGUUUCUGUUUCUGCCUAUAAAACUAUUGGAUCGACUACUUCAUAAAUUUGCAUACUUGUUGGUUAAAGUUUUCAAGUAUCUAGAUAUAUUUGGAACAAGGGAAAUAUAUGCAAGAAAAUAUACCUUAUAUGAAGUUGUGGGAAUAAUAAAAUACUUGAUCCAAAAUCUUAAAGGAUUUAAUGGUUUAGGGCUCAGACAAGCUUCAGCACAUGAAGCCAUGUUAUAUGCAGCCCAGAAUGGAAUAAUUACAUUGAUAAAUGCUAUGAGGAAUGCUAAUCCUUAUCUACUUGCAGUCACUGAUAACAGUGGUAGAGGCAUACUUUGGUAUGCAAUUCUGAAUCGCAGAAGAUAUGUUUUCCAACUCAUAUAUUCUCUCAAUGGAUUGGAGAAGGAGAUGAUUAAAUAUCGCACAGACUCGGUUGAUAAUAAUCUGCUGCACAUGGCAGCUCUUUUAGUUCCUUCAUCUAUCCGUGGUGGCAUAUGGGGUCCUGCUAUGCAAGUACAAAGAGAAAUUCAAUGGUUUAAGGCGGUGGAGGAAGUUGUGCAUCCCAUGUGCAAGGAAGCCAGAAAUGAGGAUGGUAAGAAGCCUUAUGAUGUAUUCAUUGAAAGCCAUGAAGAGCUAGUGAAAGCUGCAGAGAAAUGGACAAAAGACACAGCUAGUUGUUAUAUAGCUGUGGCUUCUCUCGUCCUUACUGUUAUGUUUGCAGCAGCCUUUACUAUCCCUGGUGGAAACAAUCAACAAAUUGGUACACCCAUCUCCUUAGAUCAAAAUACAUUUAAAAUGUUUCUCUUAGCUGAUUCGGUAUCUAUCAUCACUUCCGCCACUUCAGUCUUGUUUUUCAUUUCGAUUCUCACAUCGAGUUGCCAUGCAAUAGAUUUCCUCAAGGUCUUGCCCGUGAAGUUAAUAACCGGCCUCACACUCCUUCUUUUCUCUGUUUGUUCCAUGAUGGUUGCAUUUUAUGCUGCACUUAAUAUGAUCUUAAAGCAAAAUCAGACCGGCUCUAGGGUGGUUGUUCUAGGACCCAUCUUGUCCCUUGGUAGUGUUCCAGUUUUCAUUCUCCUAGCAUCUCAGAUACGUUUCAUCUCGAGGGUUUUAUAUUUUACGAUGAAAAAUCGCAUUAAGGGAUGAUAUAUGCCAGAAAUGGUAUUUCAAGAAAAGUCUAAUGUGAGUGAUUGACACUUUGCAAGUGAAUAAUGUUCUUUUUUGAAUAUUUCCUUC